AUCGUACAACGUUACAACUUCUAUAUCGUACGUUUACUAAUAUAUUUAUUCUCUCUUUGAAGAAUUAUAACAUAGCAACGACACCUAAAUACAUCAUCAUCAUCUACAAUGGCCGACACCGCAGUUGCAUCGGAAACCCCCGCACCCGCGACCCCAGCGAAGAAACCAAAGGCGACCGCGGCCUCUGCCGGCGGUGUUAAGAAGCCGAAGGCGAAGCCCACUCAUCCGAAAACAUCGGAGAUGGUCACCAGUGCUAUCAAGGAGCUGAAGGAACGAAGCGGAUCCUCUCUGCAGGCUAUUAAGAAAUAUAUCGCAGCACAAUACAAAGUCGACGCAGAGAAACUGGCUCCGUUUAUCAGGAAAUACUUGAAGAGCGCAGUCGAAUCCGGUGCUCUCAUUCAGACCAAAGGCAAAGGAGCAUCCGGUUCGUUCAAACUCGAAUCUAAAUCGGCCGCCUCCAAGAAACCGGCGGUGGCGAGCAAGAGCGGCGCUGCCAAGAGCACCGCCCCAUCAGCCGCCGGAUCUGCAGCUGCGAAAACGAAGAAGGGCGCUGCUGCGACCGCCGCCGGCGCAGGGAAAGCUAAGAAGGCCGCUUCCGCUGCUGCCUCAUCGCCGUCCAAAGCGAAACCAUCCGCCGCAAUCAAGGACAAGAAAGCGGCUGCCGCUAAAAAGAAGCCCGCCGCCGCCAGAAAGACCGCCGGAGUGCAGAGCGGAGGUGUCUCCAAAGCUAAAAAUGCUGCGCCGAAAGCUAAAAAGAGCGCCAAGCCACCGACGAAGAAACCUAAAGCACCAAAACCGAAAAAGGCGACGACCCCAAAGUCUAAGCCCGCAGCUGCAGCGUCCAAGAAGGCUUCCGCCGCCAAAAAAUAAAGAAAGAAGCGUAAGAUAUCUUACGCUGUCCAACGCCGCAACGCGCCGCCCCCCGCCUACCGCCGCGCCGGUCGUUCCGCCGCCGUCUCCGGCUAGUGGUGGUGCUGUGGUGUUGUUCACCUGGAUUAAAGGUUAAUGCAAAUUGACUCAUCUCGAGCGAGUGCCGUCGGGAGUGUCAAAAUGCGCCCUUUAUAAAAAGCCCUUUUCAGGGCUAACAUAAGAUUCCAAUAAGGUAUAAAGUUUCUAUAAGGUAUAAAGCGAACGAACGUCGUCAUCAUCAUCAUCGAACUCUCUAUUUAUAUUCUUUGUAUAUUACAACAACAUAUUGCCGUUGUACGAUACCUAAUCAAUUUAUUAAUUAAUUAGU